GUAGAGUAGGCAGAGGGGGCGUGGGGCGCCGGAAAACGGGUGGAAAACAAACCCAAACAGAAGCCCUGCUUAUCUGUAGCUGCGGCCGCCUGAGAGUGAUUUGUUCCCGGUUUGCUGGAUCGAGUCGGUCCGCUUGAGAGCCGCCGUGGACGGAACCUCCCAGCAGGCCGUGUGGUCGGUGUGCAUGCAGCAGAAUGGAGCCGGAGACACGCCGAACGGAGCCGGAGACACGCCGGUGCUGAGGCGCUUCGGGCCGGAGGGCCGCGCAGGGCCGCAGCCGCGGGUCAUGGUGGUGUUUUCGGCCGCCAGUGAGAGCGAGGAGUCCGUAGACGCGGGGACGGGCUUGGGGGGCGCAGCGGCGGGGCUGGAAGAGCAGGAGCCCCGCAGAGCAGCCACUGGAAGCCCGCUGAGGAGCCUGGGGAAGACCCUCCACUCCUUCAGCCCAGCUCAGGAGUUUCCCGAGGUGAUUCCUCUGAAUGUUGGGGGGACGUAUUUCACCACCCGUCUGUCCACCCUGCGCCGGUAUGAGGACACCAUGCUGGCGGCCAUGUUCAGUGGACGGCACCACAUCCCCCGAGACCCCGAGGGGCGCUACUUCAUCGACCGGGAUGGAGCGUAUUUCGGGGACAUCCUGAACUUCCUGCGUGGGGGGGAGCUGCCGCAGAGGGACCGAGUGCGUGCGGUUCACAGAGAGGCGCAGUAUUACGCUAUCGGCCCCCUGCUGGAGAGCCUGGAGGACACGCAGCCUCUGACCGGAGAGAAAGUCCGGCAGGCCUUCCUGGACCUGCUGCCGUAUUAUAAAGAUAACCUGGAGCGGAUCGUGGAGAUAGCGAAGCUGCGAGCGAUGCAGCGGAAGGCGCGCUUUGCCAAGUUGAAGGUGUGCGUCUAUAAGGAGGAGAUGCCCAUCACGCCGUACGAGCGGCCGCUCUUCAACUCCCUGCGGUUCGAGCGCUCGGAGAGCGAGGCCAAGCUGUUCGAGCACCACUGCGAGGUGGACGUGUCCUUCGGGCCGUGGGAGGCCGUGGCGGACGUUUAUGACCUGCUGCACUGCAUCGUGAGCGACCUGGCCGAGCGCGGCAUCACCGCGGACCAGCAGUGCAUCGGAGUCUGUGACAAACACCUCAUCAAUCACUACUACUGCAAACGGCCCAUCUACGAGUUUAAGAUCACCUGGUGGUGAAGGACGGCACGCUCUCAAAACCGAUGUGUUAAAGCCAUAGCACUACGUACAAUUUAUUUAUUUAUUUUCUAAUUAAUGAAGUAGCAUCGGCUUUGGGUCACACUGCAUUUUUUUAAUAGUUGAAAAAUGCGAACCUCAAUUUCCUAAACAAUUGACACUUUUCUAAACGCUGCUUCUGGCUACGCUCUGCCUGUCGCUAACCAACAAUAGCAUUGUAACGGUCUGUCGGCUGGGUUAUUAGCAUCUUAUACGCUGUUAGGGAUGCACCAGUAUGAGAAUUCUGGGCAAAUGGCGAUAUCUGAUAUUUUCAUGUACACACAUUUAUAAAACAUGAAGAAAUGGACCCUCCAGGCCUAUAAAACACAAACAUUUUAGUAGCUGUUGUCACAUUUAAUAUGUGAUAAUAUAAUUCCUGUAUCAUAGUUAGACGGUUAAUGUUGUCUAGCAUCCAUGUUUACUGGUGCUGAAGCCCCGCCCACCCUCUGAUCUGAUUGGUUAACAAUGAGAGAGCCUACUUGACCACUUUUUUCAGAUGAAGGCAGAUGGAGCGCUCGGCAAAUUUCACAAAUGAUGCAAAACGUUAUUCUGCAAAUUGCUUGCAGUUACACAUUUCCACCACAGAGGUCGCCAAAUCCUCACAUAUAUGCAUUGCUGCUUCAGAAACAACACAUUAUUAGCUACUUUUAACGCAGCCAGUGUGUUAUUGUUUUAUUUAACAAAGUCAAAGUUUUAACACAAAGCAAAAGGUUCUUUUACAGAUAUGUGCUUUGGUCUUGAGUCCUGACCCCAAACUGGUUAAAAUUGUGGUAACGCAUCAUUUUUGAGAGUGUCGCUGCAGCAGGUUAGGUUCUUGUCUAAGCUUCUCUGCAGUCCCACUGCAGUCUGUCUACAAUAAAAAUAAGUUUGGGGACACUUUUCCGUGCAGCUAAGGGAAAUAAUUUAUUACAAAUCAUCGUUAUAUAUUUUCCUCAUAUUAAGUUAUUGCAAACCAGCAAAGACGAUUUAUAUUAUUGAACAUGUGAAGCUAGUGUGUGUCCCCAAACUUUUGAUGCCUCGUGUAUGAAGGUUCCAUGAUGGCUGAGGAACUGAAAGCGGUAGAAAAUAUCUCCUGGGCUGCACCUGUCGCAGCUCUCGUGACUGUAGUUUUGCAUUAUCUGCAGUAGCUCCUUAGUUUGUAAUUAAUAGCGUAACUUAUUUGGACUUACCUUCAGUUGGUAUUGUUUUCUUCUGUCUCAUCCCCAGUAUCUGGAGCAAGUUGACUCUUGUGGAACAGUGUUCUGUGUUCUGUGCUUCACCUCUAUCAGUGCUGAGUCUCUACACCGUAUCUUUGUGUGAAUGUAUUGAUGGAGAGGGCUAGAUCAACUGGAUUAUUGUGAAUCGUUAUUGUUUGUCCUUUAUUUGUUCUGGUCCAAUUAUAUCGUCUUUGGUUUUAAUUGUCCACUCCAGGCUCCGCCCACAAAUGCCUUCCUUUAUGGUUACCAUUUGUAGGAUGGACAAGCUUUACAGAACGCAAUCAUCCAAACGCAUGAGAAGCUGUACACUCAGUUUAUAUCACAAUACCUACAUUUAGAGUCGGUUUAGAGUCUGUCUGCCCUGCGAUGGACUGGCGACCUGUCCAGGGUGUAUCUUGCCUUCAGCCCGAAGACUGCUGGGAUAGGCUCCAGCACCCCCCGCGACCCUGACGGAGAAGCGGCUUAAAAAAUGGAUGGAUGACUAUUUUUUAGGUAGUAGUAGUAUAACUGCAUAAUAGUAGUUAUUAUUAUUAUUAUUAGUAGUAGGAGUAGUCGUUGUGUAAUUCUAUACAUACUCUAGUGUUUAGUUAAAUGAAGUAACCUUAGGUUUAACAGUAGAGUUAUACAGGACUCUUAUUUUGAUAACAUUGCUGUUCCAGCGAAGUGUUGGCAAAGGAGAGCAGGUACAUAUCAGAGAACCUGUAGAGAGGAGAAUUCCUGCUCUGCAAUGUCUUCCGGGUUUCUCUAACACUAGGGGGCGCUCCCGAGCCAGUCCGGAUUGAACGGGUUGAUAUGGAGCCUUUGAUUAAAAUCAUAGUUUAUAAAAACUGAAACAUUUUAAUGUAAAAGAAUUCCUUCGUUUCCUGAACAGCGUAAAACAUUUUAACACCGCUGUUUUAUUUAAGAGCUUUUAAACUCGAGUUAUAGGAGUUUAAACCACCGCCUCAUGUAUAUUCAUGACAUCAGUGAGCGCGAACAGCCAAUGAGGCUCUGCUCGCCCA